AUGCUAAUGGAAGCUCACAUUCCUGUGGAAACGAAGCCUUUGAACGGUUCACUUCGUUUAACUUUACCUUCAGACUCAUGCACUGUGACGAAGGAGAUGAAGCCUCUUUUCAACGAGUGUUUCAGUCAGUACCACUUGUGGGAUCAGGAUGAGAGGGACUACUUGCCUGGAUGGAUUCCUACCCAGCUGGCACACAACGACUUGCCUCUGCAGUACCGCUACACAAGAGCUGUGGAACGCGACGGCUUCUUCACAAAAGGCCAGUUGGGCUUCUACUCCGGUGGCGGCUAUGUGCAUGAGCUGCGCGGUAGUUCGAGUCAGCUCCUAAAUGAGAUACAGAACCUGCAUAAGCAGGGCUGGAUUGACCACCGGACCCGUGCGGUCAUUGUGGAGAUGGCCACCUUCAAUCCAGGAAGUCAUCUCUUUGGAAUUAUCGUCAUCAAGUUUGAACUGCCCGGCACGGGUGGCGUAAUCCCUUCGUUCCGAAUUGAACCGGCUAACCUGCUCUCCUUCUCUAUCAGCAAUGUCAAGGCUUUUGAGCUUGCCUGUCAGAUUUUCCACCGACAUAUUUUGGAUGCAACCAUGUUGCAUCUAUUGCAACUAAUGCUGAACGUCUUUCGUCUUUCACAGAUUCUCUUCGUGAUCGCGUUGCUCGUAAUGUUGAUAAAGGAGAUUCGUAAUCUAUUUCUUCAGCGUCUUCACUACUUCUCCACCUUUCAAGCCUGGGCUCAGAUGUUCAUCAUUUUCUGUUCCUUCGGUGCAAUUGCCAUUUAUGCUUACAUCAUAACAGAGGUUAAAAAAUUGACACUGGAGUUCUACCGAUCCAACGGGAACGGUUAUGCCAACUUCCAGAUGGUAGCCAAUUGGAAUGAGACUCUCUCCUACUUGGUGGCUCUCGUCACCUUUGUGGCUAUCCUCAUGCUAAUGCACAUCCUCCGCUUCGAUAAGAACAUUGGUCUAUUGGGCUCCGUUUUGAGAUACGCCAAUCGCGACAUGAAGUAUUUCUUUAUCGUCUUUGCCAUAAUCUUCUUUUCCUUCGUGGUCACCUUCUACCUGCUCUUCUUCGAUACCAUGACUGCUUACAGCACAAUGAUCUCCUCCAUGGAGACGAGUUUUCAGAUCGUCUUGGGAAAGUUCGAUGUCAAGGGAAUGUAUGAAAGGGAGCCCGUUCUCGGUCCUAUGGUGUUUGCGACCUUCUCCCUCUUCAUUAUCUUCAUUAUGUUGAGCAUGUUCGUGGCCAUUUUGACAGAUAGCUUCGAAGUGGUACGCAGAGAUCCCACUCUGCAGUCGCACGACCACGAGAUGGUCCAAUUUAUGAUAGCGAGCUUUAUCCUCUGGUCGGGCUUGGACAGAUUCAAGUGGACCAAAAGCUACCUCGACGCCUACUCUCUCAGCCUCACUGAGCAGUUGUAUAAAGAUGAUGAAGAGCAGGAGUGCGAAAAAAUCAUCGCGGAAUUUAAUGAGGUAGCCGACCAAUUCAUCGGAUGUGUGAAACGCUCCGAGCUCGUGGGCCUUCGGGAUACCUAA